AUGGCGUCCCUCCGGCCUUCACUCCAGUCGGUUGCACGCAGCCUGCGCUGUUCGUCGUCCCCGACGGCGGCCGCCACCCGCUCCUUUUCCACCCAGCCCAUCCAGCGCAGCAUCUUUACGCGCCUCGCGCCAAAGUCGCCCGCCCGCUCGGCGCCGUUGUCGCAGCAGCAGCAGCAGGUGCAGGUGCGUGGCGUCCGCAACAGCCCCUUCCGCCGUAGCGUUGACAACGCAAGCGGCGGCGGCGGCGGCAGGCUGGCCUUCGCUGCUCCGCACGCCGCUCCUUCGGCGGAUGCUCCCACCAGCUUCACGGCGCCCGGCGGAUGGCAGCGUGCCCUCACCUCGCUCGGCAUCGUCGGUGGCACCGCGUUCGCCGCCAACCUCUUCUUCAACCGUGAGACGCGCGAGGCACUCCACCCGGCCGACGCCGGCUACCUGCACAGCACCUUCAAAUAUCUCGCCGGCGGCCUCAGCCUUACGGGUCUCAUCGCCGUCGGUCUCCACCGCUACGGCGUCUCGGCGCGCGUCAUGGCCGCCAACCCGUGGGUCGUGCUGGGCGGUGGCCUGGUCCUCUCGAUUGGCAGCAUGAUUGGCGCCACCUCGCUGGCCCCUGACCACCCGCUCAAGGUGCCCUCGUGGAUCGCCUUCAACGCCUCCCAGGCCCUCGUCCUCAGCCCGCUCCUCUUCCUCAACCCCGCCGUCCUGGCCCGCGCCGCCCUGUACACGUCGGGCAUCGUCGGCAGCCUGUGCUACGUCGGCGCCACGGCCAAGGAGGAAAAGUUCCUGUGGAUGGGUGGUCCGCUGCUCGCCGGUGUCGCCGUCGUGGCCCUGUCGUCGCUUGCGCCCAUGGUGCUGCCGCGCACCGCCUUCCGCGCCCUCGCCGUCACCGAGUCGCUGUCGCUCUACGGCGGCCUCGCCGUCUUUUCCGCAUUCGUCCUCUACGACACCCAGCGCGUCCUCAAGCACGCCCAGAUGGUCCGCAUGGGCGCCAUGCGUCCCGACCCGAUGGCCGAGUCGAUUGGCCUCGAGCUCGACUUCAUCAACCUGUUCGUGCGCAUGGUUCAGAUCCUGAGCAUGCAGCAGAGCAGGCGCAAGUGA